AUGGUUGCAACACUAACCACCAAAGAUUAUUCUGAAUAUAUCCAUCCAUCAUCACAAACAACAAUUGAUUUGAAACAAAGUCCAUUAGUAUUGAUGGCUCAAGCGUGUAAUAACAUUGGUAAAGAACUUGGGCUUGCCAAUGUAACAUUACCAUCGUUUAACAAACAUUAUCAGCCAUCAUCGUCGUCUCAAAUUCCUAAAUGUGAUAAACAAAAAACACGUUUAAUCGUUCCUCCUCAACAAACCGAUAAACAUCGUACAACAACAACAACCACAAUUAGAAAGUCUUUAUCGCCUGUAGAACUGACAAAUCAUAACCGGACAAAAUCGUUGAAACGCCCAUUACCAACUAAAUCGUCGAACGAAUACGAAUCAUCUCCACAAAAAAUACGUCAUACCACGAAUCAUUCGCCAUUAUCGACUAAUGUAUCAUCUUGUUCUCCUUCAAAAAGUAAACAAAUGUCACCACCCUUCUUACCUCCGCCACCACCUCCGUUAGAUUUUUCUCCGGAAAAUCCUUUUUUGAUUCCGUCAUUUAAUCCAAUGCAUUUUUUUGAUCCUACUCUUCUACGUCAUUUAUCAAAAACAUUUUAUUCUGGUGACACAUCGUCACCAUCCAUAGCAUCGGCUAAUUCAGCAUUUACAAUUCAACGUAAUAAUCCUCAUUAUUAUUUCGAUCAAAUCAUUCGUGACUAUUCAAAUAAACACAAUAAAAACAUAUCUUCGGGUUGUUCUUCAUUAUUGUCAACACAACAACAACAACAACAACAAUUUGUUUGUAAUUGGAUGGAAUCAUCAGAAGGAUUCUGUGGUAAACGUUUUCAGUCGCAACUAGCAUUACUGGAUCAUCUAUGUACACACACAUCGGGUGAAAAUAAUCAUCAAAAAACAGUUUCAUCGUCAUCUUGUUUUUAUCCAUAUAAACCAUCACCAACUAAUAGCCCUUCAUGUUCUUCUCUACCCUAUUUGUCGUCAUCAGCGUUGAGUCAUGCAUUGGCAACUGCACCAGUUUCAUCGUUAUAUCCUCCAAUGCCAUUUGGACUCUAUCCACCACCAUUGGGCUUUUAUCCUACUAAGCUAUGA